CUCGGUUCAUGUCUCUUCCUUGACGUGCUUCCCUCAUCCUUCAAUUUCCUCUCCUUACAAAUCCAACACCCUCUUCGUUUCAUUCUCUCUAUCUCUCUCUCUCACUCUUUUCUGUCAUCUGCGCAACUUCAUUCAUUCAGGCUAAAUGGGGAGGAUCAAACCUCAGGCUCUGCUACAGCAAAGCAAAAGGAAGAAGGGGCCUUCUCGCAUAAGUGCCACCAUUGUUACAUUCUAUGCAUUGAUUCUUGUCAUGCUUGUGUUUAUCCUGUUUGUUACAUACAGACAUUGGUCCAACAGGACAAGACUUCAACCAGAGAGCUAUAUAUCAGUCUCUGAGGAUGAAAAUACAUCUGUGGAAUCCAAAAAAUCUGAUCUACCUGGAUAUGCUGUUGUAAUUACCUCUAAAGGUUCUAUUAUAGUAGAACUUUACAAGGAAAGUGCUCCUGAAGUUGUUGAUGAAUUCAUAGAUUUAUGUCAAAAAGGGCACUUCAAGGGGAUGCUUUUUCACCAAGUAAUUAAACACUAUAUAAUUCAGGCAGGUCAUAACAAAGGGCCUGGAGCUACUGAAGAUUGGAACCUGUUAGGAAAGAAAUACGCAAGUAUGAGACACGAAGCAUUCAUGCUCGGAACAUCGAAGGGAAAAUACUUUAACAAAGGAUUUGAUCUUUUCAUCACAACUGCACCAAUACCAGAUUUAAAUGAAAAGCUUAUUGUGUUUGGCCGAGUCAUCAAGGGACAGGAUAUUGUUCAGGAAAUUGAAGAAGUGGAUACAGAUGAACAUUACCAACCAAAACUUACUAUUGGGAUACUUGAUGUGGCUCUUAAACAGAUAGUGUGAAGGCUCUCUGCCCGAAUCAAUGGCCUAAAUACUUUUCAUACUUUGCUGAUAGCCUUUUAGCCUAUUUGGUAAAAUCCUUUCUACACAGAUGAUGAACCUCAAGGAUUUCACCUUAGGUUUGUCAAUGAAACGUUUGAGCUUUGAUGCAGUUUUAGCUACAUGUUUCAGUUUCUCAUUCAGGGAUUAUGAAAUCUCCUUUCUGUCAUAUUGUUUGGUCUUCUUUUGAUGUGGCAAGAUGUAUGUAGGAAGGUCUGUAUUGCAACUUGCCAGUUUGGUGAUAUCAACUCUUCUAUUUUAUUUUGGCAUUACUCUUCAUUGGUAACCUCAAAGGGGGCACAUUGAGAUCACAGAAAAAAAAGGCUUUUAUUUGUCUACCUAUGCUGUUUCAUAGUGUUUCAGUUGAUGACUUUUUUAGUCUUUUUGGGCCUAACCAGAAAUAUUGGCUUUGUAAUCUAUUUUGUAAUGAUGCUCAAUUCAUAUUUUCAUUUGGUUAUAUUAGUGAUAAGUGGCUAUAUUUAAAAGUAAAA